GAGGGGGCGAGGGGGCUGGAGAGAUGUCACAUGACUCCGUGUGGUUCAGUUUACUUUGGAUGCUCCAGGAAUCUCCCCUUCACGCCUCCUCCCGUCCUCAUUUAAACCACUUCGCCAUAACUUCUCCAUCUGCUCCAGAAGCUGCAGCCUGUCAGCAUCACUCACUCCGCCUCCGGUCCGUCAGCGCGCCACCAUGACGCACAUGUCUGCCCUCGUCCUCCUCACCUCAUCCCUCCUGCUGUGGACGCCUGCACAAGCCUCGCUCCUCUGUCUCCGGACCAGAGUUCUGCCGGAAGACGAAGUGCACCACAGCUUCCUCCGGCGGGACUCCGCAUCCCUGCGGCUGUACCACAGCGCCUGGUCCGGCGAGCGCACUCUGCUCGGCUGCGCUUGGAGCGAUGACGCAUCACUGAUCCAGAACUACUUGUCUCUGUGCGCGGAGAACACGCACGACUUCACCGAUCACCCGGAUCCAAAUCUACAUUUGAACUCAGUGUUCGGGCCCGAGGAGAGGUGCGUCUCUUUGGAUUCUCCAGGGUCGGAAGGAGCGGGGUGGCCCUGGGUGAACAGGCCGCUGGGAAGCUAUGGAGGUCUCCCCGAGGCUGAGAAGAGUCAGGGUCAGGAUGAGAGGUCAGAGGUCAGGACCCAUGUGCGUGUAAAACGAGGUUUCAUUGUACCUGGGACCCUCUGGUGCGGCUCAGGAAACAAGGCGCUGUCAUAUGCUGAUUUGGGAGUUUUUUCGGACACAGACAGCUGCUGCCGGGAGCACGACCAGUGCAAAGACACCAUCCUGUCCUUUCACUCUGAGUUUGGUGUCUUCAACAAAAACAUCUUCACCAUGUCUCACUGUGACUGUGACAACAAGUUUCAUAGUUGUUUGACUCAGGCGAAUGACAGCAUAUCUGAUGUGGUGGGAUACACCUUCUUCAACCUGCUGAAGAUGAACUGCUUUGAGUUCUCCUAUCGCCUCCAAUGUCAACAGAGAAACUGGUUUGGAAUGUGUAAAGAGACUAAAAUGGCUUUGUAUGCUGAGGUCCAUUCCCCCAAACUGUACGAGUCUACCAAUUCAAGAGAGGCCGGCAUGAACGACACUAUUGCCAACACCACCGCACCUGCAGAGUUCCCAGAGAGCAUCACGUCCCACCCACAACUUUCCUCCAUCACUGCUGCUGCAUCCACCGUCCCUACACCUUCAACGAGGUCCCCCUCCUCCUCCCUCACUCCUGUUACCAAUGUCACCCCCCCCACGGUCACAACCAUAUCAGAGAAACCUACUGGAUCAGUACCUGAGAGUAGAAACCAUCUCAGCAUGCCACCGAUCCAAACCCAAACGGUGACUGAGCUGGACGCUAAUAUCCCAGGGAUGCAACUAUCGUGUGGUGUCUAUAAGGAUCUUGAUGAGUGCAGAUACAAGAUCCUUCCUCAGCGGAGGAAAUAUGGCAUCCACAACCUAGAGCCCAGGACGCUGUACCACUGCAAUUGUACCAAAAGAUUAUUCCAGAGUUUGGUUAAACAGAGACAACUGACCGAAGUACAUUCUCUUCUGCUUGGACGCGUGUCUGGAUCUUGCUUCCUCCCACAUGACUGCACUGCCGGCAAAACCUGUACAGCAGCUCUGGUGAAGGCAGACCUUCCUCAGCUCGAGCAGAGGAGUGGUGCUGAGGUGGAGGAGCAGCGCCAUCUACAGGCAGUGCAACUGAAGGUCAGGAGGCCAAACAACAGGAGAGCUAAAAGAACAGACCGAGCUGUGAAGCUUCACAGACUGUGUCUCAGGAUGACUCGGCCCAAACAAAUGAACAAGAGCAGGAAACAUGUUCAAAAUGCUCAGCGGCCAGCUGUAUGAGGAAGAUAACUUGUCUGAGAGGGAGUAUUAUGGAGACUCAAAGCUUCUGAUACUGAAUAAGUACAUAAGACAUCAUGAAGUAAAUAAUCAUAUAAAUAUAUACACACAAAAUAUACAUACCAACAAAACACACCAUUAAGAAAGGUAAUAGGUUGAAGUGAGGGGAAAUUAUUCCUGACAUGCUCCCAAGAUUUUUCCAGAAAACAUAAAAACAGACUCUGGAAAAGGAUUUUAAAUCUUACAAACAAAAACUGCCCAAAUAGUAAAAACAGCAGUAACUUUGUUGUUUUAACUAAUGACAUUAGUUAAAACAACAUUUAAUUGUUUUGUGGCAGUUCAUAAGCCUGGGAUCUAUCAUUAGAGUUAGCAGACAUAUGCUUUUUUCUGCCAUGACAAACCCAGACAACUGCUAUAAACAUCUAUAGUGUUUCAUAUCGGUUGUUGUUAUGCAGAAUAUAUAAUACCAAGGUGGUCAAUGUUUAGUUCUCUUUUUAUGCACCACUGAGACUGUUCACAUUCCCCUUUAGCCACCCAUGAUACUCAGGUCUCUCCUUAUUACUUCUGGGAAUGUUUGGCAGUUUUAACAUCUCCAGAGAUUGUUAGGUACUCUAAUGAUAUUCUUAAUAGCUUUAAAUUUGACAUUUUUAAAGUGUAAAUAUAAGUCUAGUUUAAAUUAAACUAUAUUAUUUAGUAUUUCCCCAUAUGAUGGAUAUUGAAUUUACACAGAAUACAACUUGAUUGUUCAAUGAAUAAAUAUAAAGUGAAAAACUUGUCAUGUAAUAUAAGCUCACACAUCAACCUUUCAUAUAUUGAAGUGUCAGCUCUUGUUACUUGUGAAUGUUUUAACUGUAUUGUUUGAGUUGUAGACUGAUGCACAUUAUGUUGUUAGCACCAUAAUGAAAAAGGAAAGUGUACAGGGGAACGUUUAUGUAAAUAUCUGUACAUAACAAAACAUUGUUUGAAGUGUGAAGGAAAUGUAUGACUGAUUUAAAUGAAGAAUCUGACCAUUUUAAA